AUGAGUCAGGCACCUUUGGACGCAUCUAAAUUAGUUAUCACGAAAACCAAAUCUCCAAAGGAGAAGAUUCCAAACGACCAGUUGGUUUUCGGAAAAACCUUUUCCGAUCACAUGUUGGAAGUCGAGUGGACUUCCGAAAAUGGUUGGGCUGCUCCCACUAUCACCCCAUACCACAACUUGAGCUUCGACCCAUCGACGAUUGUUUUCCACUAUGGUUUCGAGGCUUUCGAGGGAAUGAAGGCUUACAGAGACAAACAAAACAAGAUUAGAAUCUUUAGACCAAACAAGAACAUGGCCAGAUUGAACGCGUCGGCCGACAGAAUUUGCUUGCCAACUUUCGACGGUGAGCAAUUCACCAAGUUGAUCGAGGAGUUCGUGAAGAUCGACCAGGACUUUGUGCCUCAAGGCGAAGGGUAUUCCUUGUACUUGAGGCCAACCAUCAUCGGUACUUCUGCUACUUUGGGAGUCAGCACUCCAGACAAAGCCCUCUUGUAUCUUAUUGCAUCUCCAGUGGGUCCUUACUACUCCACAGGUUUCAAGGCCGUUUCCUUGGAGGCGACUGACUACGCCGUUAGAGCUUGGCCAGGCGGUGUUGGUAACAGAAAGUUGGGUGCCAACUACGCUCCUUGCGUCAAGCCAGCUUUGGAAGCUGCCAAGAGAGGUUACCAGCAGAACUUGUGGCUUUUCGGCGAGGAAGGAUACAUCACGGAAGUCGGAACCAUGAACGUUUUCUUUGUUUUCCAAGACGCUUCUGGAAAGAAGGAGUUAGUCACUGCUCCUUUGGACGGCACCAUCUUGGAAGGUGUCACCAGAGACUCCGUUUUGGGCUUGGCCAGGGCUAAGUUGCCUUCUUCUGAGUGGACGAUCUCCGAGCGCAAGUUCACCAUCUCGGAGGUCAAGGAGAGAGCUUCCAAGGGCGAGUUGGUGGAGGCUUUUGGCUCCGGUACCGCUGCUUUGGUGUCUCCAAUCAAGAACAUUGGCUGGAAGGGCGAGGACAUUUCUGUGCCUUUGGCCAAGGGCGAGGCUGGCGAGUUGACUGUGCAAGUUGCCGACUGGAUCAAGAAGAUUCAGUAUGGUGAGGAGGAGUUUGAAGGCUGGUCCAGAGUCAUCGAGUAG